AUGUCACAGGAUAAUCAACCUGUCGAAAUCGUCGUGGACGACGGGCUGGACGAUGAUCAGUCGGAGGUUGGAGAUAGUAUGGCUUCAUCUAGUGCCAGUCUUCGUGAAUCUCUUCUAGAGUACCGAAUAGAGAAUGGGAGAACUUAUCACACGUACAAAGACGGGAACUUGACACAUACGCUGUGGUUUCUCGUGAGCGAUGAUAAGCUCGGCCUUGCCCCACCGUGCCAGGAUGGUGCAAAGGUUGGCCGGGUGCUCGAUGUCGGCACGGGGACUGGCAUCUGGGCUCUCGAUUUCGGAGACGAGCAUCCCGAGGCCGAGGUCAUCGCUACUGAUCUCUCGCCAACGCUGCCUUCCUACGUACCGCCAAACGUCAAAUUUCAGGUUGAUGAUGCCGAGGAACCUUGGACGUUCUCGCAACCAUUCCAGUAUAUCCACAGCCGAGUCAUAACAUCUGGCAUCAGCGACUGGCACAGAUAUCUGCGUAGAUGUUACGACAACCUCGAGCCAGGCGGAUGGGUUGAAGUGCAAGAAAUCGACCUUUACACAGCCUCUGAUGACGAUACGCUCAAGCCCGAUUCUGCUCUAAUGAAGUGGUGCCAUCUCCUUCAGCAAGCCUCAGACAGGUUUGGAAGCCCCUUUGUGCGGAUUCCGACGCUGAAAGAAGUGAUGCUGGAUGUUGGGUUCGUCGAUGUGUCCCUGAGCGUGAGCAAAUGGCCAACCAACGCUUGGCCGAAGGAGCCCAAGUGGAAGGAAAUUGGCAUCUGGAACAACGAAAACGUCCUCAGCGGGAUUGAGGGAUUUUCCAUGGCAGCCUUGACGCGUGGUCACGAGUGGACCCGCGAGGAGGUAGACGUGUUCCUCAUAGAUGUGCGAAAGGAUCUGAAGGACAGGAACAUCCACGCAUAUUGGCCGGUCUAUUUCAUCACCGGACGCAGACCUGAGAAUGUUACUACUCCACAACCAGCUCCGGAGUCCUCCGUUGUAUCGUCACCCGAGUCUGCUGCUUCCCCUCCAGCCUCCCCUCCAGUUUCGGCCCCGGUUCAGACCCAAGCACAAGCUGCUUCAUAA